UGCGCGUUACUUGCUGUUAUUAUUAGUUUACGUAAUGGAUACGUGCCACGAAGUAAAGUUACAACAUAGUACAAGUACUUGUACUUAUAAAACAAGAACAUAUCCAUUGAAUAAUGGGAGUAAUAAUUGCAACAGUUAGUGGUCGCUAGUUUUUCAGUUUGACUGAAUUGGAACAUUCAGUAGUUGCGAGGCAGCCGGUUCAAGGGAGAACUCGCUACAGCUUAACGUUGCUCAUUUACAAGUAACUUACAAGUAAGCAAUGUUCUUUAUAACAACUUUGUUCUGAACAGUAAGACUGCAUUUCUUAUCAAUUUAUAUGUUUGAUAACUAUAGGCUAUUAAUUAUCGGCUUGUGAUAAAGAUUUUUCGAUGUGUGACUUGGAAUAACAAAUAUUUUGUCAGUGUCAUACGGAAUGCUUGCAUAAACAGCCGCGAACGUGGGACCUAAUCGCAGUCAAACAACAACUAUACAAAGUGUUUUAACUUUCAUUGUUACCAUAUUUGGGAAUUAAGAUGUGUUUUAAAACAGUUUAAAUUUUGUUUGGCCGGCUGUUAGAAUAUAUCGGAUUAUUUUGUGAUUUUGCAAUAGUGUUUUUCUGAAAUGGGCAAUUCCAAAUCUAAAAAAGCUCAAAAGGAACCUGAUAGAUUUUUUGAUCGAGAAAAGUGGAGGGAACAAAAAAGAGAGGAAAAAAGGAAGAAACUUGUAAACUCCGGCAACAGGAGGGUUGGCGCAAAGGAACCAGCGCUGCCACUCGUAGCACCUGGUCCGCCGCCACCCGGCCCGGGACCUUCGGCGCCGCCGCCCGCGCACGUCCGCUCCUACGAUGAUGAGGCCAUAGACCGCAUGCGAUAUCAGCUGCAAAAUGACUCUGAGGCCUUCUUAUUAAACAAUAUUUUGCUGUCAAUUCAAUUCUUUGAAAAUUAUGAAAGGGAAGUACACAACAUAAAAAACAACCCAAUGAGUGAUCGUGAGCAUCGUAUCAAUGAAGCUAUGGUGCGGCGCAAUAAGCAUGUGUUUUUUGCGGACCGACUGCAGGAAUGCGUCAACGAUCACAUUUGUUACCAGAGGCAGAAAGGGCAUUUAGAACCGCUGGCAGCUUCGCGGCUCUUUGUGAUCUAUGAUAACGUAGAAGCGAGCGAGCCUGGCGAUACGUCAGAUUAUAGCGCCGUGCUAGAUGCUCCGUUCUACAAACUACGCAUUGAAGACUGCAAGGAACCAGGGUAUAUUAAAUUGAAGAAAAUAGAAGUUCUAGAAAGCACCCUUCAUCAGGAAGCUGAAUUCACUAAUGUAAAGAAAUCACAUUCCGAUGAUAGCGUAUAUACUGAUUCUGAAAAAGAAUCAGUUGAUUCAGAUGAUUCUUCUUAUGCUAUGAAAGGACAAGAACUGCUAGAAAAAAUGAGAUUAAGAUUAAAUAACUCGGAUAAUAAUGACCAUCAAAUGGUAAUUGAUAAAAUAAAUGUAAAUGUCGCGGAGCCAACAUACGGUAGACGUCACAGCGGUCCAACCAAACAAGUUAGUUUGCAGGCAAUGAAGAAUGAUAUCUCUAAUAUACAUGAAUUUCGAAAAAGUUCUUUAGUGCCGGAAGAAGUUGUUACGGACGAUAUUAACAAUAAUGUUGUGGACAAAAAAUAUACACAAGAUGAAGAGCCUAGGCCUAGAAAGUCUAUUUUGAAAAACCCUAAGAGACAGAAUAGCAUAAAAACUACAGGCCGCAGAAGUCAAUACUUUGAUACUUCGAAAAACUCUUCGCCUGAAAACACUAUGGGAGAAGAUACAGAAACCUCCGGAUAUAGAUCGAACUCUAGUAGCAAACAAAAUGAAUCUAGUGAGACAGAAUCUGAUUAUGGUUACUCUACUAUAACAGAAGCGGCAACACCUAAAAAGGUAGAAUUGAAAAUGCAAUCAAAUUAUGCACUGGCUUCUGGCGUAUUGCCGGAGGAGUCAUGGACUCCUAUCGAAAUAAAAGCAUUAGAUGGUUGGAGCGAUGACGAAGAUGAUGAAAUUGCAAAUACAUCAUCAAGAUUAUCAUUAUCUCGUAAUUUGUAUGAAAGAUAUUAUUAUCUUAAUUCAUUGGGUUUCAUGAACAAUUUUGUUGAUAAUUUUAUAAUUAACUUAGGAUCUGGAUUGGGCUUAACUCAAGAUACAAUUGAUAAUGCUCUUACCCAAGGAGCAAGCAUAUAUUGUGACUCAAAUAAAAACGGCUUAAAGAUGGGAUAUGAAAUCUUUCCUGCGCUUAUUGCUGCCUGGCCAAAUGCUGCUAACCCGUGGAUAAUUCGGGAAAGGAGAAUAAUACAAAAUCCUCGAACAAAUUUUAGUUACCAAUGGCCCACAAAAUAUAUGGUUAAUAGAGCUAUUGGUUUUGGUUGUUUAUUAGUGCCAGUUGGGUUUAGACCGAAAAGAGGUUUGAAUCCUGAACAAACAUUGCAAUGGAAGAUUCUAUUUCCUGCUGCGGAACGAUACUUAGAAAGUUGUUUAGCCCAUUCGCAUAUGCGAUGCUAUUUAUUUGCAUUGGCAUUACAUAAAACUUUCAUGGAAAAUGAAACAUCUAAAAUAGGCAUAGAUACAAGCCAUAUUAAAAACCACUUGUUUUGGCAAUGCGAAGACAAUUAUGCAAAAUGGCCGGAGGAUAGGCUCGGAGAAUCAUUAAGACUGUUUUUGAGAAGUUUUUAUAUACAUUUUGGACAGUCGAGAUUUCCCAAUUAUUUCAUAGAAAGCUGCAAUGAUUUCAAAAGCAUCCCAAAGCCAUUGCUAUUGAAGCUUCAAAGACGACUUUUAGAUAUUUUAGAAAGUCCUGUUAUGCAUGUUCUUCAUUCUUUGGAUAAAUUGAAGUAUACUAAGAGAGACUUUUAUCCUACAUUCAAUUGUCAUCGACUAUAUGAGAUCUUAACAUGUAAAAGCCCACUGAGACUACUAAAUCCUAAUUUACCCCCAGUAGUCAGCACUCAUACUGACAGUAGUCACAGUGAUGACGACACAAAUGUCAGUUACUUUGACAGAACUAAGUCAAGAGAUAAACAUUAUCAAUGGAAAAUAGAAAGGCAACGGCAAAUACAAGAGCGAAGAAAAGCACAGCUGAUUACAAAGAAACAGAAGGCUGCGAAUAAACAAGAAAAUAUUAUUAAUAAAAAUUACACACUGCCGGUGAGAAUGGAAUCGGAGCGACGGCGUCUUGUUCUAGAAUUCUUUAUUCCUCAUUUCAUUGCAAUGGCGCGCUCCAGUGAAAAGUUUGAUGCCGUCAAACAAGCUAUCAUCUACUUGGAACAAGCACAACGACUAUGUAUUCUAUUAUCAGAAGAACCUGCCGCGGACGCGACUGCUGCUGAAUACUUGGACAUCAUUCGUGAAAAAUUGGCAGAUUGUCAAAGGAAAGUGGUCAAUCAAGGCGGAUACAAAUUACCACCUCGCAGAGAUAGCAAAUUGGACAGGCCAGUUAAUAACCCGAUACGCAAACAACGUCCCAAAUUCGAGCACAUCGUCAGUCAAGACUCUCCUGUUGAAAAUCACUCAAUCCAAGCAUUCACAUUUGUGGAUGUACACGUCGAAAAUUCUUCACGACAUGAGCUAAAGACCAACUUUAAAUUAAAUGAUCAAAUGUCAGUCGAGGAGUCCAAAUUAUAAUAUUUUAAAAUAAUUGCUAUCAACAACACGCAACACACUAUUGCUAUCAACUUGUGGCGUCUGAAAAACGAACCAAAUAGCGGCAGUGAGCUGUAAAUUUCUGUAACUGAUAUUUUCUUUAAAGAAUUUCUAAAAUUAUAAUCUACAGUUAAUAAAUUUGCCACUUAGUCCCCUUCAUUGAUUGUAUCGUAUAGCUAGUGUGGUCUAGUGCAAUUAAUUGUUAGUCUGUAUGGCACUUUAUAUUCAUUUGGAUUGGUAUUUAGUACUUAUUAGUUUGGAAUCUCGUACUGUACUGUAAUAAUAUAAAAGGAUAAGGUUCGAUGUUUUAUAAAUAAUUAUAUUAUAGUUUAAAAAAAUAUUCUUUUAUUGUUUUGUAAUAUAAAUUGACAUAAACAGACCUUUGCUUAUCUAUUUUUAAGUCAUUGUAAAAUAUUGUAUAUAUAUUUUUAGCAGAAUAAAGUUUUGCGAAAAUACAUAUUUUUCUAAUA